CUGUCUAUAAGCUGGCCUCUCCUGGAAGCUGCUGGGAAAAAGCAGAAGCAGCAGCAGCAGAAGAAGAAGCAGAAGUAGAAGAAGGAGCCGCCUGAGCAGCAGCAGGAUUUUAGUUUUUCAUCAGAAAGUGAAGAUGAAGGUGUGUGUGCUGGUCCUGGGUCUGUCCCUGGUUCUGACGGUCUGCAUGGCCCGGUCUCCCUACCAGGCAGUCCUGCAGCACAGCCGGAUCAGAGGCCGGCAGCAGGGCCCAAAUGUUUGCGCCAUGCAACAGAUUAAAGGCACAAACAAGAAAUACUUCACCAACUGCAAACAGUGGUACCAUCGCAAGAUCUGCAGCCAACCCACGAUGAUCACCUACGAGUGCUGUCCUGGUUAUGAGAAGAUUCCUGGGGAGAAGGGCUGCCCUGCUGCACUGCCUCUGGUGAACAUCUACAACACUCUGGGCGUGGUUGGAGCCACCACCACCAAGAUGUACUCUGAACGAGCCCAACUGAAGGAGGAGAUUGAAGGUCCAGGAAGCUUCACUUUCUUUGCCCCAAGCAACGAGGCCUGGGCCGCCUUGCCGACAGAGAUCCUGGAUGCUCUGGUGAGCAACGUGAACAUCGAGCUGCUGAACGCUCUUCAUUACCACAUGGUGAACCGCCGGCUGACCUCCGAGGAGCUGAAACACGGGUCCUCCUUUGCCUCUAUGUACCAGGACUCCCAUGUCCACAUUCAUCACUACAGCAACGGGAUCAUAACAGUGAACUGCGCUCGUUUGAUCAAACCCGACCAACAUGCCACUAAUGGCAUCGUGCAUGUGGUAGACCGUGUCAUCACCGCCAUCUCCAACGACAUGCAGUCAAUUAUUGACAUUGACGAUGACCUGGAGACACUGCGCACGGCCUUAGCUGCUGCCGGUCUAACCUCCGUCUUACAGAACGAGGGUCAGUACACCGUCUUUGCUCCCACCAAUGAGGCCUUCGAGAAGAUUCCUGCGGAGACCCUAAACAGGAUUUUGGGAGACCCCGUGGCUCUGAAAGACCUGUUGAACUACCACAUCCUGAAGAACAUGCAGUGUGCAGAGUCGAUCGUGUCGGGGACCCCGAUGGAGACCUUGCAGGGCACCGUGCUGGAGGUUGGCUGUGACGGAAACCAGAUGACACUGAAUGGGAAAGCCAUCAUCACCAAGAAGGACCAGUUGGGAACCAAUGGGGUCAUCCACUACAUCAACGAGCUGCUCAUCCCGGACUCAGCUAAAACUCUCCUGGAGCUGGCUGAAGGUUCAUCCGUUGCCAUGGCGACCAAGCUGUUUGUAGAAGCUGGUCUGACGUCCCACUUGACGGGCUCAGAGGCUCUGACCAUGCUGGCUCCUCUGGAUGAAGCCUUCAAAGGCAGUGUGACGAUGACACCUGACAUGAGGAAGCUGAUGACCAAUCACAUUGUGAAGGAGCAGAUGUCCUCUAAGUCUCUGUACCACGGUCAGGAGCUGGAGACACUGGGAGGCCUCAAACUCAGAGUGUUUGUCUACAGAAAUAACCUGUGCAUUGAAAAUGCCUGCAUUGCUGCUCAUGACAAGACCGGACGCUAUGCCUCCAUGUUCACUGUGGACAAAGUCCUCACUCCACCAAUGGGAACCGUCAUGGAUGUCCUCAAGGCUGAUAACCGCUUUAGUCUCCUGGUUGGUGCCAUCCAGACUGCAGGUAUGACAGAGCUGCUGAACCAACAGGGGACCCUCACUUUCUUUGCCCCCACCAACGACGCAUUCAAUGCCCUGGGGCAGGCCGAGCUCAACAAGCUGAUGCGUAACCCAGGGGAGCUGUCAGGUGUGCUCAGGUAUCACCUGGGGGAGGGCAUGCUGGUCAGCGGUGGAGUCGGCUCUCACACCAGACUGAAGCCUCUGCAGGGGGAGAAGCUGGAGCUGGGUGUGCGGAACUACACGGUGUAUGUCAACAAGGUCCCGGUGGCCGACGCUGACCUGAUGGCCACCAACGGAGUGGUCCACGCCGUCAGCAGUGUCAUCAAACCUCUGCCUCCGAAGCUGGACCGAGAGCAGGCCGACGGACCGGCAACUCCUCUCAGAUCAGCCGCUUCUUCCAGGGCCAAUGCCCAGAGCUUCAGGAACGACGAUCUGUUCCAGAGGGUGGUGAAGAGUCGCUCCAGCAGGACGAUGAUCCACAGUCAGUAAACCUACAGAGGAGGGAGCUCAGCGACCUGAGCCACCAACAAAGAAGUAAAGAAGAAGAAACAGAAGAAGCAUCAAAGGUCACGUCUUGAAGGAGAAUCCCCUGAAGCUGCUGCUGCAGAGGAUCUGAGUGGGAUUUUCCAUAAUUUGUGAAGAAGAAAUGUUUAAAUAGCUUUUUGCAUUUUUUUUUUAAAUUUACCAAACCAGUGUUUUUCACUUGUCUUUUCUGUCUGAAUCCAGAGUUUGAAGUGUUGUGAGUGUGUUUGUACUCAGUGUCGUCCUGCAGCUUGUCGAACACAGUGACCUGACAGCUUUUCAGGAGCAUUGCUUUGUGUUUUUGUAAAAUAAAGCCUGAAAAGUGAGACCACA